CUUUCUUUUCAACUGAAAAGUUCAGCCCAUUUUUUUUCACACACUUUCCCUGUGGUGGUCUUCUUUUAAAAAGCAAAAGUUGUCACUCCAUUGGUUUCUAUUCAUUAUUACUGCUUGUGAAUGGAUUCUGCUGCUCUUUUUAAUACCAACGAUACGGACCAGUUCAUGUUGGUGAACAAGAAUGUGUGUCUUUACGAACAAGCUGCGCCAUGGCCCAUGCGAACGGAAAGAAGAAAUUCAGUCAAUAGCUUUGCUUACGCGGACAAUUCAUUGUUGGACGAAGAAGAUCCAAAUGGGUUUGUACCUCUGUGUGCACCUCCGCCUUCACCACAAGAACCGUCACUGCUCGAUUCCAUGUUUGCCCAUCAGCUCAGUUGCUCUUUAGAAGUCGUGCGCAGUCAUCGGAGUCGCAGUGGUAGCGGCAGCAGCAGUCCAGCCGAAACGCCUCAUCCUACGAAUAAUACGCUUGAACAUGCACAAACGUUGGAUCGACUGUUACGACGCACAUUGAAAGAACAGCGCUGCGGUUCGAUCAGUAAACGACAAUCAUCCUGGACACCUCACAAACCACGACGCACGAUCCUUGGUCGAUCGAAAUCCACGCGAAUAGAAUCGUCCUGUUCAACCACUCAACGGCCUCCGCGACGCACCUCGGAAGAAUGGACAGCUGCAGCGUUGUAUCAAAAACUUCAGGGCAUCGCUGAAGCAGCCGACAAGGUGGAAAAAUUAAAACGAGCCAGACCCGAUAACACCGAAUCGCUUGUCAAAGAACUACGCGAAAUGGGCCUCUAACAAAAAAGGCGGCAUCAUCUGUUAUUCAUUCCCUUUUUCGCUUCCUGGAGCUUCAUUCCACUUGCUUGCUCUCUCCUUCCCCGUUCUCUUUAUUUCCCUUUCUGUUUGCCAUUCGAUGUAUAUAUACUGCUUUUAUUCAUAUUCUAUUUUUUUAAAAAGUUUUUCUUUUUCUUUUUUUCUUUCUCGUCUCCCUCUCCCCCCUUUGAUCAUUCAAUAACCGCAUGCCACUUCAUACACAUGACAUAAUUCAUAUCCCCAUUGACUCUUUUUUUCUUUUCCCUUCCCCGCUUAAAAAAAAAAGAAAAAAAAACACAAAAAAAGAAGCUCCCCAAAAUAAAAAAUUCUUUAAUCGCUU